AUGACUUGGAGGUCCAACAUCAGGCUCGUCGCCAUCAUCUCUACCUUUCUAUGGACUCUCGGCCAACAAACCAUUGGCCGCAUAUUUCCCAUCAAUAUCAGUCCUAUCUCGAAUUAUUUCCAUCAGCGAACAGAAAUAGGGGACUCGCGGAACGACUGGGCCUCAUGCUCCAUGCUCCCUCUAUCAACGACUGAACGGACCAAUUUUGGCACCGGCCCAGGAGGAUGCAUUGUCUACGGCUACCCCUCCACUGGCGGGGUUCUCGUCAAAGAGGCUGACCUUCUCGACAUGCUCUUCCUAUCACUCUCCCGCUCUCAUAAGUCGCAGCGCUCUCCUAGUGACGACGAAGAAGACAGAUUCUGUAAUCUCAUGCGACGGACUGGUGCUAAGUGGUGGUCGAGUAAGGAGGACAGGCUGGAAGUACGGUUAGGCGCGAGGGAGAUGACGGAGGAAGAAGAAAAGGUGCUGGUGUUCGGUUGGCCGACGGAUGGAGUGGGUGUAUGGGUGUUGAGAUAUGAGAGUGAUAGGCAACUUCCAAAGGAUUUUGGGAGAAUGAGUUUAGCGAUGAAUAUGGAUGAGAAGAUACAGAUGAUGAGAGAAUAUGGCGCUACGUUUGCUGAAGAUGUCACGCAGGUGGAGGAACUUUGUGAUAGCUAA